ACUGGUGUUUACGAGACACGUUUGAGCUCUGUGGGAAUUCGACAUUUGCGUAAUUACUGGUUCUACCAUAGUCCUGUGAUUUUUCUUCAGUUAAGAUGCUGAGUCAGGGGUUCCGUAUCCUGGAUUAAGGACUGGAUUAAACAUUCAUGUUUUAGGAAGAUCCUGAUGGAUUGCUUCAACCUUCACUUCGAAAAAAUGAGCAACCUUGACCUGCACCCUCUCAGUCUCUCAGUUAGUCGACUUUCUCCUGCAAAGUCUACUAGUAGCAUAGAUCAGUAUACCCACCACCAUGGCAAAGGGGAUUCUGCUUAUAGCUCCUUCUCUGGAGGGUCUACUGUACCCGACUACUCCUCCUCACCCUUUCUUGCAGAAGACGUACACCCACAUAGCCUGCACUAUGCAGACCUUAAGUAUGUAAGGGGUGUGUAUGGUCCUAGCAUCACUGAGUCUGAUUUAAAAAGCAUGCCCCAACAUUAUCAGUCCAUGGAGGCCAUUUCACAUCAUCAUCACCAGAGCCAUAACAAAUACUUUCAUGUGAAACAUUCUUCAGUGCCUGCACCACUUUAUCCACCGCCCCCACCACCACCACCACUACCGCCUGUCCGGUUGGACAGCUUUGUGACCACCAGGAACCUUGAAACUGCAAGGAUAAGCCAGAAUACUGAGCAGCAUGCUGACAGUUCCUUCUCUAGUCUUCAGAAUCCUAACCUUAAAGAUCUUGGUUCCAGACAUGACUUUGUUUCUGGCCACAGAGUUACUCAGGAUUAUCAGAGAAAUCAAGACCUUCCAGAUUCCCUCGAAUGCUCACCGCAGGAUAAGAACGUCCGGUUAGAAAUUCGACACGCCAAGUCACAUUCAGCGUAUGGUAUUCCAGUCUCUGAGCAGCACCAUGCAGUAAAUGCCUGGCAAAUGCCACAGAACAUGACUAAUGGAAGCAUUCAGCACAAGGGGCAGUUUUAUUUUGUCACUGGUGUGUGUGAAUCCACUGAGCCACAACCACAAUGUCAUGCAGACAGUACAGAACCCUACAGACAAGCUGGAAAGCAGAGGUCUCUGAAUACGAUUGAGAGCUGUUUAGAGAAUCUUCACCUGAGAAAACAAAGCAACCCGGAUUGCAAAGUCUUUCAAGAGAGCAAUAUAUCAAACACACUAGGUGAAGACGGAGAACCUUUGAACAGCCAUGUUUUGAAUCAUUUUGCUAACCCGGAGAGAUUAUCUCAAAGUAUAGAUGACAUGGAAAAUACCCAGCAGAUUACAAAUACGGACAUAUCCAGACAUCAUAGCACCAAUCAUCCUAUCUUCUACUGUGGCCCAGAGGAGACAUUUUCAACAUCUGCACACUGUUUGAAUAGAACUGAGGAUGAUUUUAUGACCAACAUGGACCAGAAUAUUUAUUCUAAAAAAGAUGAACAUGUAAAUAAAUCGACAAGGCAGCCCGUAGCAGCUGUGCCUACAGAGAAGAUCAGCAAAGAAAACACCCCUCUUUUGUACCACCUUACUGGAGCCAGCAGAGUCUCUAUUAUGAACAGUAUAAAAAGUGACAAUGAUUUUAAUUCAACGUGCAAGGAACAGGAUCAGAGCAAUGAGAAGCAAAACUCAGAAAAAGGAUUUAUUUAUUCUACUGAUGACUCAGUUGUACACAGUGAAGCACCUGAAAAGCAGAAGCUAACAGAGUUCUACUACCAUUGCAGCACUUUAGAUAAUUCCUUCCAAAAAUAUUACAAAGAAAAGCUAAAGGAUGUACAAAGCAUGGUUUUGAGAGAAACGUCUUUCAAACGGAAGGAUCUACAACAAUCCUGGCCUCUCAGAAUUGAGCAGCCCUCUGAUAAGUGGCCCUCUGUAAUACCUCCCAGCCAUCAUGGGCAUGACUUGCUCUCCAGCCCGGAAAAUCCUACUGAACCUCACCUUCCCACAUCUCAACAAACUGAUAAAAAGCCCCCAAGGAACCAGAGUGCAGAGCUCGAAAGAGCUACAGAAAGUGAAACAAUCAAACAGCAAAAUAUUGCUCAGCCACAAGUGCCUCGGAUUGGCAGCAGAAGGCGUCUGACCAUAGAAAAGAAGAAACUGUCUCGCUCUGAACCAGAAAAGCUUAACCAGCUGGCAGAUGGAUCUGCAUACAUAAUGUCUCGCUCCCUGGGCAAUGAGGGUGAGGAACAGCUCUUAAAAUACAACCACGAUGAGCAGGGUGUAGUUGCUAUCAGACGAAAGCUGUUGGAGACCAGAGGGCGCGCCAUGUCAGCCUCGUUCUUCUCAAGAAGCACUCUUAAGCAGCUUCAGCAAAAGGCUUUGUUAGCAUAUAAAGAACGCAAAGCUGGCAGCAAGGUUGCAGAGCCUCAACAGCCAACUCCACAGGUACCCAGCCAGCUCGCCUUCGCAGGAAGACGUUCUGACCCCACGCCUCAUUCAGGAUUCAAGGCAAAGCUUCUCAGGCCACUCUCAGCUAGUCGUAUUCAAAUUCCAAGCUCCAGCAAACAUUCACUAUUAAACACGGACCAACACAGUGGUCAGUCAGGCCAGGGUAGCUCUAAAGAGGGACGGUCAGCAUCAUCAGAAAAGUCAGUCUCAGUGGAAGAUCUACUUGAUGAAUAUGGGCAAUUUAACAAUAACAGAGGCUACAGCACUUCAUCACCACUUCAGUUUCACUUGAUCCAAAAACAAUUGGAACCUUCAUCUGAAGUUGAGCAGGGUACAUCACGAGACAUAUUUGAAGUGGAAGAAGCGACACCUGCCUAUACGCAAUAUGCAUCAUCAGUUCCAGAUCAACCAAGAGUUCGAAAGGUGGCUCCCAGAGGAAAAUCGAUGGAGGAACUUGGAGUGUCAGAGAUCUCCAGAGCUAAAGUUCUCAGCAAAAGCUCCGAGCAGUUACAUCAGCUUCACAAAAAACACAUCAUGUCCGAAAGAGAGAGGAAAGAUUUGUCAUUUUCGGUAAAUAAGGAGGAGCACUCCAAAAGAAGACUCCAACAACAUAUUGCUCCUUUGAUUGGCUUUGAGCAGAAUGCUCAUGCUGGACAUGUACUUUCAGUUUCCAAGGACCCUUGCUCAUUAGACCACCCAUCUACUGUACUUUCCUCUCAGGUGGUACCGUGUGAUACCACUACUGCAUCUUCUGGCUCAGAGUUUUCUGCUGUUUUAAGUCACAUGACCAGUUCUGGUGGUAAAAUCUUGGCAACCCAUCAUAGCAGUAAUAAUGGGACGAAAGACACAGCUACACCCAGUGCUUACAAAGGAACCAGUGAGAACAUACCUGUCAGCAAAACAAGGGUUCAAGAGCAUUCCUUCAUGAGUUUUGAAGCGUCACCAGGAGAUGUGAUUGAGAUUCAGAGAUAUAACUCUCAAUCUAAUGCUAAUGAAGUGUCCCUCACCCCUGGAAUCACAACAGACCCAAGUCUAUGGUUAGUACCACCUCAGACGGAUGACAGGAAAGUGACCCCUGCACUCCAGCCUCCAGCCAGUAGUCAUCCUCUGAACACCAACCCUUCACUGUGUAGUGAGGUGGAAACUGCUCAUAAUCUUUCAGAACUUGACCCUGAACUUCCAUCCACAUCUAGAGAAGAAAAGAAAGAUGCGAAGAAAGCAAAAGAGAGCACUUCAAAAGAACAGUCUCCGUGGGAGAUAUUGGUUCAUGAAGUCGUCUCAGCAGAUCAGUCACUAGCUCAGAUUUUAUAUCCUAUACAUGACCGGAAGACGGCCGUCAUGCUAAUUGAACAGUUGCUAUCUGAGGACACUCUUCUGAUGGAAGAACACUAUAGGAAAAAGCAGGAGCAGACAGCUUUCACACCACAGCAUUCUACCUGCAGCCCUGAGAUGACAGCUGUCAGUAACAUAAGUUCCUCACCACUAAAUGAUGGACUCUCCAAUAUGGGAGCUGAUUUAACACAAAAGAAGAGGCAGCUGAUAGCUCAUAUUAAGGAUCAGCUGAAGCCACUGGAGAGAUUGCGCUCCUCUUUACAGGGUGAGGAGAAGGAGAACAGAGUUCUGGGUGAAUCUCUGGUGGCUUUGGUUCAUGAGUGCUUUUCGCCAGCUGAAUUGGAGCGCUACACACAGUUCAUUGAAGACCUGGAGCGUGUUACCAGCCUGCUGUUGUGCCUCUCGGCACGUCUGGCCCGAGUGCAGAACGCCCUUAGCACUGUGGAUGAAAACACGGACCUGGAAGAGAAGCAAUCGCUGGAGAACAGACAUCACCUCUUGUGUAGGCAAAGGGAGGACGCCAAGGACCUAAAGAACAACCUGGACCGGCGUGAGCGCAUGAUCUCCACAAUCCUGGCCAAACAGCUGUCGGAGAGCCAGCUGCAGGAGUACCGGCGCUUCAUCCAGACCAAGGCCUCUUUGUUAAUCCGGCAGAAAGACCUAGAUGAGAAACAACGUCUCGGGGAGGAGCAGAUCGAGGCUAUUCUGAACAGCCUUCCUCCGUAAAAGAAGAGCUUGUCUAUGGGCGUUGUGCAGCAUCAGAGGACGAUUGUGUAUAGAUAAAACUUUGGUUGAU